AUGGCUACCAAGCCAAUCCUUUUGCGCUUUGAGAGUCGGAACGGCCAAUUUCGAAUCACCGUCAAGCCGGAUGACCUCUUUCCUACGCUCCAACAAAAGAUUCUCGAGCAUCUUCCAUCAGAAGUGGACCCAUCAUCCCUCUCCCUCUCCAAUAAGCCGAUCGGCACCGGUGGUGAGGAAAGACAGCUCCAGACCCUCGACGGAGUUCCGAUCGGACAAGUUGGCCUAAAACACGGCGAUAAGCUCUUUGUCGGGUACCAAGACCUCACCACAUCGCAAAAUGGCCCGUCCAGCGGACACAUCUCAACCCCAACCGAGCGUCGACUGAAUGGAACUUCAGUCCCCCAAGAGCAGACUAUUCCCAUUCGUGCGCCAGCAUCACCUUCUCUCAAUAUCAAAAACCCAUGGGAGGUCGUCAAACAAUCAUCGUUGGACAACUUACUGGAUAAGAAGGAUGGCAAGAUCAAACGGAGCCAGGAUGUCCGCAUGUGCAAACAUGGUCCCCGUGGCAUGUGUGACUACUGCAUGCCCUUGGAACCAUACGAUGCGAAAUAUAUGGCAGAAAAGAAGAUCAAACAUCUCUCCUUCCACUCAUACAUGCGCAAAAUCAAUGCUGCCACCAACAAACCCGAAGCUGGCAGCUCCUUCAUGCCCCCACUCAGCGAGCCCUUUUACAGAGUGCGUCGUGACUGUCCGUCAGGGCAUCCUGCAUGGCCUGAAGGCAUUUGCAGCAAGUGCCAACCCAGCGCCAUCAGUUUGCAACCCCAAGAAUUCCGUAUGGUUGAUCACGUUGAGUUCUCGACCCCCAGCUUGAUCAACUCAUUGUUGGAUUUCUGGCGCAAGUCGGGGGCUCAGCGGUUAGGAUUCCUUUAUGGUACAUACGAAGAAUAUGCAGAAGUACCGCUGGGCGUCAAGGCGGUUGUCCAAGCAAUCUAUGAGCCCCCACAGGUGGGCGAGGUAGACGGUGUCACACUCCACGAGUGGCAUAAUGAGAAAGAAGUGGACGAGGUGGCGCGUCUGUGUGGCCUGCAGAAAGUGGGUGUCAUCUUCACAGAUCUUCUUGAUGCGGGACAAGGGGAUGGUUCUGUGGUGUGUAAACGACACAUUGACUCGUACUACCUUUCCUCUCUGGAGAUCGCUUUUGCCUCGCGUCUUCAGGCUCAAAACCCGAAAGCAACCAAAUGGAGUCGCUCGGGACGCUUUGGCUCUGACUUUGUGACCUGCGUGCUAAGUGGCGAUGAGACUGGAGCGAUUGCUGUGAGCUCCUACCAGGCCAGUGUCUCAGCUGUGGAGAUGGUGCGAGCCGACAUUGUUGAGCCUUCUGCCGAUCCAUCUGUUAUGCUGGUACAGUCAGAGGAUGACGAAGAUGUUGGUAGUAAGACACGAUAUAUCCCUGAAGUCUUCUUCCGUCGCAUCAACGAGUAUGGCGCCAGUGUACAAGAGAAUGCCAAGCCAAGCUUCCCUGUGGAGUUCCUGUUGGUGACACUCACGCAUGGUUUCCCGACGGAGUCCUCGCCAGUUUUCACCAACAGCCAGUUCCCUAUUGAGAACCGUGAAAGUAUUGGAGAGAGCCAGGAGUUGCGGCAUGUGGCUCAGAAGCUUAUGUCGCAUGGGGACCCCGACAAGGCGAUCCAGGGUGUAUCGGACUUCCAUCUCCUGUGCUUCCUGCACGGGCUUUCGACAUUCAAUAAGGAUGAAGAAGGCCUUCUUUGCCGAGUUGCGACGACCCACUCCACUGCCGAUGGAAUACAACUGCUGAAUACCCCCGGGUGGGCAACCUUGAUGACAAUCCUUCAAGAGAGUGGUGAGCGCCCCCCUAAGCGCCCCUUGCCCACGGCGGCCAACCCCAAACGGUGGCCCCACUCCGCUGUUGAUUCCCCUCGCUCCAUGUCCCCCAAAUCCGACGGUGAACAGCUUGCUAAAAGGUUCAAGGGAACUAGGCUAGAAUGA